AUGGCGGCUGAGCAACAGCGAGUCGGUUGUCUUGGUGGCGAGUCUGUGACUGGUCUCCCUCUCAAAGACGUUCCUCUGACCACCGGCUCUGUUACCAUACUUUGUGACUUCUCAACUCCCUUUCAUCGCCCUUUUGUGCCCGCCUCGAUGAGUCGAGCUGUAGUUCAAACUCUGCAUAGACAUUCCCACCCUGGGAUCGGAGCCUCUCAAAAGCUUCUUGCGGAAAGGUUUGUCUGGCCUGCCAUAAACAAGGACGUCAAAGCUUGGCCUCGGUCGUGUAUGAGCUACCAGCGCAACAAGGUGCAGCGUCAAAACAAGUCCCCACCAGGUACUUUCCCCAGUUCCGACGCACGGUUCAGCCAUGUGCACCUGUAUGUCGUAGGCCCCUUGCCUCCAUCCAAUGGUUUCACCUACCUCCUUACCUGUGUCGAUCGAUAUACUCGCUGGGUUGAAGCUAGUCCUUUGCCGGAUGUUCAGGCUGAAACCAUCGUGAAGGCCUUCGUCAGUCGUUGGGUCGCCAUGUUCGGUAACCCAUCCACGGUUACGACUGAUCGUGAUGCCCAGCUAGAGUCGGCACUGUUCAAAACGCUACUCAAUUUUCUUGGCUGCACACGCAUUCGGACGACAGCUUACCACCUAGCUGCCAACCGUAUGGUGGAACGUUUCCAUCGUCAGCUAAAGACCGCCCUGCGUGCAGUAGAAGACCCAGGAAACUGGUCGGACAACCUUCCUCUUGCGCUGCUCGGCAUCCGCGCAGAUCUGAAGUUGGAUCUGACCUGUAGCGCAACUGAAUUGGUUUUCGGAACUACCCUCCGACUGCCAGGCGAGAUGAUCACUCCAACCUCUCGUGGCACCCACGAGACUCCUGACAAUCUUGUGCACCGUUUGCGGCAAUUUAUGCGCUCGCUUUCCCCGGUUCCACCUCGAGCUCCAAUGACUGAGUCUUAUGUCGAAAAAGACUUGAACAAGUGUACUCAUGUAUUCGUCCAGUGUGACAGUGUGCGUCAGCCGCUGGAAUCACCAUACGAAGGACCGUUCCGCGUGCUCGGGCGCAGUGACAAGGAGGACGUGGUCAGUGUCGAUCGGGUCAAGGCUGCUGUUGCAGAGGAGCCGCCGGACCCGAACAAAGAACAAAAAUGUGCUGACCCCCUAACCCCUGUUCCUCCAUCUUCCCUAUCCCUGCUCAUUCACCCUGCCCACUACCUCGCCCUUCCCCUUUCCGAACCUCUAUCUCUCCGCGCCGUAAACUUCCUCUGUCCUCAUAUCCGCAACCCACAACUGCAACAACCCCUUCAUCAACCAACAACACUGUCACCGCGAGCCAUACUCACUCUACCCCUGUGCCUCCUGCAUAUAUCACCCUAG